GAUUUGGCCAACAUCAUGGCCGAGAUGGACGACGAUGUGGCAGACCCCGCCUUGCAAAAGAUCAUGUCGCCUCGCCUUGACAUGACACAGCUGCCCACGCGCACCUCGAGCCUGGACCCCUCGCCCUCACCGAGCGCAAUGACCUCUCCAAAGCUACAGCGUAUGCAAUCUCGCGACAGUUACGUCUUCAGCCCUGCCGCUGCUCGACCGGGCUCCAUCUCUGGCGUCAGCAUCCAACAGCCCGACCAUACCGAUUCUCCGCGUCCCGCAUCCUCCAUCUUCCAACCCCCGCCGCCCUCUCCCGACCCAGAGCCCGCUCUCCCCUUCGACUUUCACCGCUUUCUCGAACAGCUCCGUCACCGCACAGCCGAUCCUGUCGCUCGCUUCCUAAGAUCGUUCCUCAAUGAGUUUGGCAAGAAACAAUGGGCUGUUCAUGAGCAGGUCAAGAUCAUUUCCGACUUUCUCGAAUUUAUCUCAAAAAAGAUGGCACAAUGCGAGGUCUGGAGGACAGUCAGUGACGCCGAGUUUGACAAUGCUAGGGAGGGCAUGGAGAAGCUGGUCAUGAACAGACUGUACUCGCAGACUUUCUCACCUGCUAUUCCAGCCGUCCCAGCCCAAGAAGUCAGCUCUCCCACGAAAAAGCGUUUCCGCCAUCAGGCACAUUCACCCCAUGGUCCAGGCAGGAGAGGCCAGCAUCAGGAAGAUGUAGAAAGAGAUGAGGUGAUUGCACAAAAGAUACGAAUCUACGGCUGGAUCCGAGAGGAACAUCUUGACAUCGCCCCCAUCACCGACAAAGGCCGCCGUUUCCUGGUGCUUGCACAGCAAGAGCUGCUCAAGAUCGGCUCAUACCGCGCCCCUCGCGACAAGGUCAUCUGCAUUCUCAACACUUGCAAAGUCAUCUUUGGCUUCCUGAAAAACAACAAGAGUGAUCAGUCUGCUGAUGCUUUCGUCCCGCUUCUUAUCUACACCGUCCUCCGCGCCAACCCUGAACAUCUCGUCAGCAACGUCCAAUACAUCUUACGCUUCCGGAAUCAGGACAAGCUGGGAGGUGAAGCUGGAUAUUACAUUUCCUCCUUGAUGGGCGUCGUCACAUUCAUCGAGAACCUUGAUCGUACCAAUCUGACCAUCACCGACGAGGAGUUUGAGAAGAAUGUCGAAGCCGCUGUGAGCCAAAUCGCCGAAGGCCACAAAGCAGACGAGGACGAAGCCUCGACACACGACAGAGUUGCCUCGAGUUCUUCACACUCGACGCAUCCUCAAUUCAACGAGAAGAGCAGCCUGAGCAGACCAGAAGUAAACACUAGGAACAGCACCGAAGGCGAACGAACGCCUCUGCACAGAGGAGGCAGCACGAGGUCCAGAAACUCUGCUGGUGAAUCCGAGGACGAUAACGCGGCAGUGACAGGGCUCCUGCGCACGAUACAGAAGCCGUUGUCCACCAUUGGACGCAUGUUCAGCGACGAAGGUCAGACCUCAUCUUCAUCUCCCCGUCAACUUGCCACACCGCAACCCAACUCUACGCCCAGAUUAUCACCUGGUCUUCCGCCGCUGCCGCAGCAACGCAACAGUGCCGAAGAUGUUCGCAGACUGCGCAGUCCCGAGCGAAACUCCGCUGCAAGACAGGCGAGCACUGAUAUGGCAGAAGCACAGAGGAUCCAAGCGCAGGAACAUCAAGUUGUUGUUGAGACGUUACAAGGCAUGUUCCCAGAUUUGGACCGCGAGGUAAUCAGUGAUGUUGUGAGGAUGAAGGAAGGGCGGGUAGGCUCUGCCGUGGACGCUUGUCUUGCAUUG